AUGACCCCCAUUUUACGAAACCGACAUGAAAAGGUGCAAGAAGCCACAAUCAAUCUUAUAGGACGUAUCGCCGAUCGAGGAGCUGAGUUUGUACCUGCAAAGGAAUGGAUGCGAAUUUGCUUCGAGCUCUUGGAUCUACUCAAGGCCCACAAAAAGGCUAUUCGACGAGCGGCCGUCAACUCGUUCGGUUACAUUGCGAAGGCCAUCGGUCCGCAAGAUGUCUUAAGUGUGCUGUUGACUAACUUGAAAGUGCAGGAACGUCAAUCCCGUGUCUGUAGUACAGUCGCGAUUGCUAUCGUAUCUGAAACUUGUGGCCCUUUCACCUGCAUUCCUGCUAUUCUCAAUGAGUAUCGAACACCCGAACUCAAUGUCCGAAACGGUUGUCUUAAAGCUCUUGCUUUCGUUUUCGAAUACGUCGGUGAAAUGUCUAAGGAUUACAUACACUCUGUUGUCGGGCUACUGGAAGACGCUUUGACAGAUCGAGAUCACGUUCAUCGACAGACAGCCUGUGCUAUUGUGAAACAUUUGGCUGUUGGUGUCGCGGGUCUUGGUUAUGAAGAAGCUCUCACUCAUUUGCUCAAUUUGGUCUGGCCUAACAUCUUUGAGACAAGUCCCCAUGUAAUCGGUGGUGUCAUGGACGCUAUAGAAGCGAUGAGGUUGGGUAUCGGAUCUGGUCCAGUACUCUCCUAUGUUCUUCAAGGUUUAUUCCAUCCGGCAAGGAGAGUCAGAGAGGUUUACUGGCGAAUGUACAAUACUCUUAUUCUCGGUGCAUCUGAUGCGAUGGUCCCUUUCUAUCCCAACCUAGGCUCUGCGGCGGACUUAACCACUGGACAGGAUUAUACAAGACACGAGCUCAUGAUGUGGGUAUAA